AUGAAUAGCUAUUUAUUUAGAAUUGGUUCAAAAACAAGUGGAUUUUUAAGAUCAACACAAUUCGUUAGAUCAUAUUCUAAACAUGUUAAAUCAGAGAGUUAUAAAAAAGCACUUGAAGAUGUUGAAACUCAAGUCGCUGAAUCACCAUGUAUCUUAUAUAUGAAAGGUAUUCCAGAGAGACCAGAAUGUGGUUUUAGUAAUACUGCCGUUAGAAUUCUUCAAGCUGAAGGUGCAGUUUUUACAUCCUACAAUGUUUUAAAAAAUAAUGAUAUGAGAGAAGCAGUUAAAGAGUUUGGUGAUUGGCCAACAAUUCCACAACUUUAUGUAAAAGGUCAAUUUAUAGGUGGAGCUGAUAUUUUAAUGGGUUUAUAUAAAAGUGGUGAACUUUCAAAAUUAUUAAACGAAGCAGGUGUUGUAAAAAAAGAUGAAUAA